AUGCCUUAUCAGCAGAAGACCUGUGUUCUGGUAACAGGAAGAUGGCAACAAGUUUACAAAAAACAUCAUCCCGAUCGCACAGCUGUGGAUGUGAGCGCUCCCCCCGUAGGUUUCCCUCCCGAACCGCCUACUGCCAGCCGGCACUACAGGCCUCAGCCCGGGCCUGCGGGGCGCCCUACCUCUCCGCUCCGCCUCACACCGGCCGGGCCGGGGCCGCGGCAGCCGGGGGCCUCCGAAAAGCGGAGGGGGACCGCCAGAUUUAGGGAGAGCCACGAACGCAGGCCCGGGUCGGGGGGGCACAGACACGCGGACAGUCCGGGGUUGCCUGUGCUGCUCAUUCCGGGGGACUUAGGUAAUCAGUUGGAAGCUAAGUUAGAUAAGCCAUCAGUAGUGCACUAUCUCUGCUCUAAGAAGACAGACAGUUAUUUUACACUCUGGCUGAAUUUAGAGUUGCUUCUGCCUGUCAUCAUUGACUGCUGGAUUGAUAACAUCAGGCUGGUAUAUAACCGAACAAGUAAGACUACAGAACCACCAGAUGGAGUGGAUAUCAGAGUCCCAGGUUUUGGGCAGACAUUUUCCUUGGAAUUCCUUGACCCAAGUAAAAGGAGUGUUGGCAGUUACUUUUAUAUGCUGGUGCAGAGUUUAGUAGAUUGGGGCUACAAACGUGAUGAAGAUGUAAGAGGAGCACCUUACGACUGGCGAAAAGCACCAAAUGAGAAUGGAGACUAUUUUGUGGCCCUUCGCAAGAUGAUCGAAUUAAUGUAUGAGCAGUAUGGAAGUCCUGUUGUCUUAAUUGCCCACAGUAUGGGUAAUAUGUACACCCUCUACUUCCUCAACCAUCAGACUCAGGAUUGGAAAGACAAGUACAUAAAGGAUUAUGUGUCAUUAGGCGCUCCAUGGGGAGGAGUGGCUAAAACUCUCCGUGUGCUGGCUUCAGGUGACAACAAUAGAAUUCCUGUUAUCAGCUCACUCAAGAUUAGAGACCAGCAGAGAUCAGCAGUUUCCACAAAUUGGAUGCUCCCCUACAACUACACAUGGCCUCCAGAUAAGGUCUUUGUAAGCACACCUACAUCUAACUACACUCUUCGGGAUUACCGAAAAUUCUACAGGGACAUCAAUUUUGAAGACGGCUGGCUCAUGCGACAAGACACUGAACCCCUGGUCUACCAGAUGACACCACCUGGUGUGCGCAUACACUGUCUUUAUGGUACUGGCGUGGAAACACCUGAUUCCUUCUAUUAUGAAAGUUUUCCUGACAAAGAACCCAAGAUUAUUUACAGUGAUGGGGACGGUACAGUAAACUUACAGAGUGCCUUGCAAUGUCAAAAGUGGGUGGACAUGCAAAAACAGGAAGUGGUGGUAUUUGAGCUUUCAGGAAACGAGCAUAUUCAAAUGCUAUCCAAUGAUACUACUAUCUCCUAUGUGAAAAAGCUGCUUUUUGAUUUGUGAUACCUUGUGUUGACAGUUAUUUUCCUCACCUGUGAUGCCUUCCCUGAAGUACGGGAAAAUGCCUUUUAAUCCCUUG